AUGGGGUAUAUUGCGUUCCAGAAGGGUGGAUAUCGUCAUGUUGGCUUCACACGCAAAGAUUUGUACAACCACAUUGAUCGUUAUCGUCGGUCGAAAGUUAAAAAUGGGGAUGCCAAUGCAGCAAUAAACUAUUUGAUUGGCAAGUCAAACAACGAUCCACUGUUCUUUGGAAAGUUUACGUUCACUAGUGACGAAAGGCUCGAGCAUAUUUUUUGGGCAGAUGGGCAGUCAAUUAUCGACUAUCACUGCUUUGGAGAUAUUGUUGCCUUUGAUUCAACCUACAUGAAGAAUAAAUACAACAAGCCUUUGGUCAUUUUCUCCAGAUGCAAUCAUCACGGGCAGACUGUAUAUUCGGCUCCGCCUACUAUCCGACAAAACCACAGAGACGUAUAA